CCGCAAAUGUGUGGUCAGAACUGUAAGGAAUCCCCUAUCAUCAUCCCAAAAUAUCUUUACAUACUCGUCUCAACGCCAUUAUAUAUUGGAUGUUCUCUACACUCAGCGAUUGAUCAGGCAAUGGAUCAUAUACCGGUGAUUGAUUUGACACCGUAUGUGGAAGCAGCAUCUGGAGAGUUUUGCUUGGACAGGGUCCAGAAUCCUGAACUGGAGAAGGUAUGCUUAGAGGUCAGUCGAAUUUUAGCAGAAACCGGAGCGCUGUUGGUCAAGGAUCCACGAUGUUCUGCGGAAGACGAUGAUCGAUUUAUUUCUAUGAUGGAGAAGUAUUUCGAAAUGCCUGAUGAGUUUAAGCUUCUCCAAGCACGUCCUCAUCAACAUUACCAGAAUGGGGCAACACCAGGAGGACUUGAAGUACCCCGGAGUCUAGCUGUUCCAGAUAUGCUAGAGAAGGCGAGAGAAUUGCCGAAAGAGCACCAACCAUUGAUUCCAACGGGAGCAGAUCUGAAGUGGCGAUACAUGUGGAGAAUUGGCCCAAGACCAUCUGUUACUCGGUUUCAGGACCUGAACUCGGAUCAUAUCGUACCGGAAGGUUUCCCAGACUGGGAAGAGACCAUGAAUUCAUGGGGUUAUAAACUCUUGUCUGCUGUAGAGGCUGUUGCUGAAAUGGCUGCAGUUGGAUUUGGUCUACCCAAGGAUGCAUUCACCAAUCUUAUGAAGAAUGGCCCACAUCUUCUUUCUCCUACAGGAGGUGACUUAGGGAGUCAUGGCAAAGAGGGUACUGUGUUUGCUGGAUAUCAUUAUGACCUUAACUUUUUAACAAUUCAUUACAGAAGUAAAUUCCCUGGUCUAUACAUUUGGCUUAGAAAUGGGGAGAAAGUAGAAGUAAAGGUUCCAGAAGGAUGUCUACUUAUUCAGACAGGAAAACAGUUAGAAUGGGUAACUGCUGGAGAGUGUAUGGCUGGUUUGCAUGAAGUUGUGGUAACUAAAAGAACAAUCGAAGCAAUAAAAGAAGCUGAGAAAGCAAAUCGAAGCCUAUGGAGAAUUUCCUCAACCUUGUUUUCUUCUGUCGCAUCAGAUGCUGUGAUGAAGCCCUUGGGACAUUUUGCAAAAUCGCCUCAUGCUCAUGAGUAUCCACCAGUUCAUGCCGGAGAAUAUUACCAAAAAGAGCUUGUUGUUAUUAAACUUAAUGAGAACGGGAAAGAGCAUUAGACCGUCUUUGAUGAAGAAUGAUACGCCUGUUGUUGAUUAAGUAUGAUGCAAUAGUGUGAUAAAUAAGGAAUUGAAGAUGAAGUAUGUUUUAUGUAAAGUUGUUUAACACGCUUGAUAAAUGUGUGAUGGAAUUGAAGAUGAACUAUGUUUUAUGUAAAAAUUGUUAAACAUGCUUGAUAAAUGUGUGAAGGAAUUGAAUGUGUAA